GUCGGCCCUCUCUGCACGCGUUUUGUUUCGCCCAACGGCCGUCUCCGCUGGCGAUAUUCGUCGUAGCGGUCCUCGUCCGACAUCUAGCUCACGAAUCAUCGCCGUGGAUGUGAGCGGCCGUGAGCCAACAUGAGCGGCUUCGGAGGUGUCCGGGACUCGCGUGCGAACGACCUUCCCGAACGAGACUUUUGGGCCUGUCCGUGCCCCAACGGGUUCUUGCAAUCUGCCAACGCGACUCGCUCGUCGUCGCCUCCAUCCGCUUCCUCCCCCAUCCCUUCCUCCUCUUCGCCUUCCUCCUUCCAAAAUGUCUGCCUCGGCGCUGGCUCGCAUACGCCCCGCCCUCGCGCGCGCCGCCGUCCGUGCUCCCCGCUCCGCUUCCGUCCUUGCCCGUGGUCUCCAGACCGCCGCCGACAGCACGACGCCCAUCUCGGAGCCGGCCCAUUCUGAGCCGUUCAAGGUCCGGCUCCACGACGACUCGUUCCACGCCCACAACUUGGAUGCGCCCAGUCUCGAGGUCGAGGUCACGAAGGAUGGCCUGCUCAAGAUGUACAGCCAGAUGACGACCAUGCGUCGCAUGGAGAUGGCCGCCGACGCGCUUUACAAGGCAAAGCUCAUCCGUGGCUUCUGCCAUCUUGCUAUCGGACAGGAAGCUGUUUCCGUAGGCCUUGAGCACGGUAUCACCCCGGAUGACAAGGUCAUCACCUCCUACCGUUGCCACCCCUUCGCCGUCCUCCGCGGCGGCUCCAUCACCGGUGUGCUCGCCGAGCUGCUUGGUCGCCAGGCCGGCAUGUCGCACGGCAAGGGUGGAUCGAUGCACAUCUUCACCAAGAGUUUCUUCGGCGGUAACGGUAUCGUCGGCGCGCAGGUUCCCCUCGGCGCCGGCAUUUCGUUCGCGCAGAAGUACCUCGGCAAGAAGGAGGUCACGUUCGCGAUGUACGGUGACGGUGCUAGCAACCAGGGCCAGGUGUUCGAGGCGUUCAACAUGGCUAAGCUCUGGGACCUGCCUUGCGUCUUCGUCUGCGAGAACAACAAGUACGGCAUGGGUACCUCCGCCGAGCGCUCCUCGUCCAACACCGCCUACUUCACCCGCGGCGACAAGAUCCCCGGUCUGCAGGUGAACGGCAUGGACAUCAUCGCCGUCCUCCAGGGUGUGCGCUACGCGCGCGAGUGGGCGCUCUCCGGCAAGGGCCCGCUCCUCGUCGAGUUUGUCACCUACCGCUACGGCGGCCACUCCAUGUCCGACCCGGGCACCACCUACCGUACUCGCGAGGAGAUCCAGCGCAUGCGGAGCACACAGGACCCGAUCCGCGGCCUUAUGCGCUACAUCGAGGAGUGGGGUCUCGCGACCGAGGACGAUCUCAAGAAAAUCGACAAGGAGGCAAAGGCUACCGUUGACAAGUCCGUCGAGGAGGCCAAGGCGUCGCCCGAGCCGCCGCUCAGCGACCUCUGGACCGAUAUUUACUACAAGGGUACCGAGCCGCCCUUCAUGCGUGGACGUGAGCGGGAGGAGGUUCACUACUACUAGACGCUCGCGCGCUUGUGAUGUUAUGCUAUUCCCAUUGCCUUGGGCUAUAGAUUAAUGCGUGAUUGGAAAGCGAUCCGAGUGUGUGUGUGCGCGGAUAGUGCAUGAUCAUGCCGUUCCAAUAUCGUCUAUUCGAUGAAGUGC